AUGACUCCGAAAAUCACCACCACUGAGAGCAAGUCAGAUCCUGUAGAAGAGAAGACGCGAGAAAGACGCGAGAAAAUGAGAAAGGUUCCAUAUAUAUCCAAGCCCCACGGCUCAACAUCUUGUCGAAAAAGAUGCUGUGGCCCAUUCGACGUCGUCCUCGAUCCGUCCGCCGCUGGUGAGGCGAGAGUGAGGAAACCAGGAGGAGGUUUCAACGUAGGCGUGCUGAGAACACAUCCGGAGGCGUCGCAUUGCCUGACUGCAGAUGUAAAUGGCAUGAGUUGGGAGUCGAACUUGGUCUUGUUUCGGAUGAAGACACUAGAGAGUAAAUCAGAGCUCAUUAAUAUUGUCGCAUCUACUUCACGUCGCCGCGUGAGCCUGUUGAAGUUUGGGUGCAAUAGUAGGAGAAGAGACACACGUGGACCCAUGGAGGACCCUGGCACCCAAAAGCUCGGCAGGACUCUGGAAGUCUGUGACGGAGCUCCGGCCAUUUGUGGUGCUGAUCUUUCAGAGUAA